UGACUUUUUCAUUAACAAAUUUUCGAAUUUAUACUAUGGUGAAAGUAACAUCAAACCAAUGGCUAACACAGACACUUGUAUGUCUAUUCAUCUUUCUAAAAACAGAAAGUACAAGUGAGGAGGGUAUACUUAGUGGUAUAAACAUCAUCGAAGGAGCUGUGGCCAAAGGAGCAGUUUGUUUGGAUGGAAGCCCACCGGCAUACCAGUUUGAUGCAGGUUUUGGUGAAGGCCUUCGCAAUUGGCUGAUUCAUAUACAGGGUGGGGGAUGGUGCAAUUCAGUAGAAGAUUGUCGUACACGAAUGUAUAAUCGAUUCGGGUCCUCAAAGAUGAUGAAGAGUUCUGAUUACAACUUCACAGGGAUUUUGAGCAAUAAGCAAGAAUUUAAUCCGAAUUUCUACAAUUGGAAUAGAGUCGCUGUGAGGUACUGUGAUGGGUCAUCAUUUACUGGCGAUGUGGAAGAAGUUGAUCCUGCUACAAAUCUUCACUUUAGGGGUGCAAGGAUCUUCAAUGUCAUUAUUGAGGAGUUGCUUACCAAAGGAAUGAAGUUUGCAUCAAAUGCUCUUUUGUCAGGGUCUUCAGCAGGUGGAUUGGCUUCCAUACUUCACUGUGACAAGUUUCGAGAUAUCUUUCCAGAAAGUACUCGAGUAAAAUGUUUUUCAGAUGCUGGUUAUUUUGCUCAUGUAAAAGACCUCUCUGGAGGAUAUAAGUUUGAGGAGUACUAUGAUCAAGUGGUUACAUUACAUGGAUCAUCCAAGAAUUUGUAUCCUGAAUGUACUUCGAAACGGAAGCCAAGUCUAUGUUUCUACCCACAAUUUGCCAUGUCAUAUGUCAAAACACCUAUUUUUAUAUUACAAACUAUAUAUGAUACAUUUCAGAUCCAAAACAUCUUGGCGACACCAGAAGCCGAUCCUAAGGGACUCUUUACCAAAUGCAAGGAAGAUAUAAAUUUGUGUUCAUCUGCGCAAAUCCAAAGGCUACGAGGUCAAUGUCUUUGCUUUUUUAUUCAAAAAGAUUAUUGGCUUUAGGUGUUUGUUUCCUUUUUAAGUAAUGGAUUUAAACAC